CGCGCGCUGCGAGGCUCCGGGAACGGAGCGGAGCCUCCAGGAAGCGGAUCUGUGCUGCCGCCUCGCCCGCCGGCCGUGAUGCUGCUCGCUCGCGGACCCCCGUCCCGGGAGCCCCGGCCUGCCGAGCAGAAGGGCGCUAACUAGACGAGGACCUCAGCACUGUCUGUGUGAGCAGCACCAACUCCAUAGCAUUGCCUUGGAGCUAGCCUUUCGGCAUGGGGAGGAUCGGCAUCUCCUGCCUUUUUCCUGCUUCUUGGCAUUUUAGCAUCUCUCCAGUAGGUUGUCCUCGAAUUCUGAAUACCAAUUUACGCCAAAUUAUUGUCCUUAGCAUCCUGGCUGCUUCUGUCUCACUUUUAUACUAUUCUGUCAUCAUAAUCCGAAAUAAGUAUGGGCGGCUAUCCAGAGACAAGAAACUUCAAAGGUACUUGGCACGAGUUACAGACAUUGAAGCUACAGACACCAGUAAUCCCAAUGUGAACUAUGGAAUCGUGGUGGACUGUGGUAGCAGCGGGUCUCGGAUAUUUGUGUAUUGCUGGCCACGGCACAACGGCAAUCCUCGCGAUCUGCUGGACAUCAGACAGAUGCGGGAUAAAAACCGAAAGCCCGUGGUGAUGAAAAUAAAACCAGGCAUCUCAGAGUUYGCUACCUCUCCAGAGAAAGUCAGCGAUUACAUUUCACCGCUUUUGAAGUUUGCUGCAGAGCAUGUGCCAAGGGAAAAGCACAAAGAGACACCACUCUACAUYCUCUGCACUGCUGGGAUGAGAGUCCUUCCGGAAAGCCAGCAGAAAGCCAUUCUGGAGGACCUCCUGACCGACAUCCCAGUGCACUUUGACUUCCUCUUUUCUGAYUCUCAUGCUGAAGUCAUUUCAGGGAAACAAGAAGGUGUGUAUGCAUGGAUUGGCAUUAAUUUUGUCCUUGGACGAUUUGAGCAUAUUGAAGAAGAUGAUGAGGCACUUGUGGAGGUGAGCAUUCCUGGUAGUGAGAACAGCCAGGCCAUCAUCCGGAAAAGAACAGCGGGCAUUCUCGACAUGGGAGGCGUGUCGACCCAGAUAGCAUACGAAGUCCCCGAAACUGUAAGCUUUGCCUCCUCACAGCAGGAGGAAGUAGCUAAAAACUUGUUAGCUGAGUUUAACUUGGGAUGUGACGUUCACCAUACUGAGCAUGUGUAUCGUGUCUAUGUGGCCACAUUUCUUGGUUUUGGUGGCAAUGCUGCUCGACAGAGAUAUGAAGACAGAAUAUUUGCUAACACAGUUCAAAAGAACAGGMUUCUGGGUAAACAGACUGGUCUGACUCCUGAUGCUCCAUAUCUGGACCCCUGCUUACCCCUUGACAUUAAAGACGAAAUCCAGCAAAAUGGGCAGACGAUGUACCUGCGGGGAACMGGGGACUUUGACCUGUGUCGAGAGAUGCUCCAGCCUUUCAUGAACAAAACCAAUGAGACGCAGACUUCCCUCAAUGGGGUCUACCAGCCCCCUAUUCACUUCCAGAACAGUGAAUUCUAUGGCUUUUCUGAAUUCUACUAUUGUACUGAAGAUGURUUACGGAUGGGGGGAGACUACAAUGCUGCUAAAUUCACUAAAGCUGCAAAGGACUAUUGUGCAACAAAGUGGUCAAUCUUGAGGGAUCGCUUUGACCGUGGACUCUAUGCCUCGCAUGCUGACCUCCAUCGGCUUAAGUAUCAGUGCUUCAAAUCAGCCUGGAUGUUUGAGGUGUUCCACGAGGGCUUCUCGUUUCCUGUUGGCUAUAAAAACCUGAAGACGGCCUUGCAGGUGUAUGACAAGGAAGUGCARUGGACCCUGGGGGCCAUCCUUUACAGGACCCGCUUCUUACCAUUGAGAGAUAUCCAGCAGGAUGUUUUCCGGGCCAGUCAUGCGCACUGGCGGGGYGUUUCCUUUGUCUACAACCACUACCUGUUCUCUGGCUGCUUCCUGGUGGUCCUGCUGUCCAUCCUCCUCUACCUGCUAAGGCUGCGACGCAUCCACCGACGCUCACCCCGCCACAGCUCAGCCGCAGCACUCUGGAUGGAGGAAGGCCUGCCCUCCCAGAAGGUGGCCGGCACCCUGUGAACGCAGGCACAGCUGUGGCAAGACUUUUAUAGGAAAAGCCAUUUUUGCCUCAGGGUUUCUCCUCUGUGUUCUCAGAUGGUUUUAUUUUUCCUUUCCCUUUUCGUUCUUUUAAACAAAAUCCAUUGUAUGUCGGCCCUGCUGUCUAGAAAGUACUGCCUKUAGCCGUUUUGAAUACAGCUUUAACUGAGGAGUAGAAAAAAGGGAAACUCACCUGAUUUUUGCUGCAUAAGGUGUCUGCCAAAAAUUAAUGAGAUUUGUGGGUUUUUCUUUAAGAUAUGRUAAAUUUUCAACAAAUGCACUUUGAUUUUGGAGGCAGGUAGGAAAGAUGCUUUCUGUCAGUCAGUGGAGAUAGGACUGAAGAUUGACACUUGUACGGAACCCAGAAGGCAMAUUAUAACCCUCUGUCUUUUUUGRAAGCUCCAACCURAAGAGGGUGAUAUUUAUUUUUUAUUCAUUGUGCAGGUCUGCCCCUGUGUGUUUUCUUUGCAGAUUUAAAAAUUCAAAAUCAGUAUGUCCAAAAUAGAUU